UUAAUACGGAGCAGUCGACCACUCCAUGAUUGCUUCCUCCCCGCUCCGUCCUCCCGGCUAGUCUCCGCCUCCAGAAAGAUGUCGGCGGCGACGGAGGUGGCGCCAGUUCAGCAGCGCGGCCAUGCGGCGGCGGCGGUUUGGCGGGCGGUGGCGGGGUGGCUCGGCCUGCUCUUCCAGAUCCUGCUCCGGAUCGUCCGCGGCACGCCCUCCUCGUGGGCGCAGCUCCUCUCCUUCGUGGGCCUGCGCCACCCGCUUCUCCCAGUCGCCGCCCAGGCGCAGCCCUCGCCUGAGGUGGCCUUCGUGCAGCUCCCCUCCGAGGCACCCGCUGACGCCUCGCCUCCGCCGCUCCGGCGUCUCACGGUGGUGCUUGACUUGGAUGAAACUCUAGUUUCUGCAUACGAGUCAUCGAGCCUUCCUGCUACUCUGCGCACCCAGGCUGUUGAAGCAGGAUUGCGUUGCUUUGACAUGGAGUGCACAUCGGCUGAAAAGGAUGCUGAAGGAAGGCAGAGGGUAAAUCGUGUAACUGUCUUUGAGCGUCCUGGUUUGCACGAGUUUUUGCAGCGAACUAGCGAAUUUGCUGACCUUGUUCUCUUUACAGCUGGUUUGGAAGGUUAUGCAAAACCUCUAGUUGACAGGAUAGAUGCUCAUAACAGAUUCAUUCACCGUCUCUAUCGUCCAUCAACUGUUACUACGGAAUACAGAGAUCAUGUAAAAGAUCUUUCUUGUUUGUCCAAAGAUUUCCAGAGAAUUGUCCUUGUUGAUAACAAUCCGUACAGUUUCUUACUUCAACCAUUGAAUGGAAUACCUUGUAUUACAUUUUCAGCUGGACAACCUAUUGAUGAUCAGCUUAUGGGAACGAUAUUCCCGCUUCUCAAGCACCUUUCUCUGCAAAAAGAUGUUAGGCCCGCAUUGUAUGAAACGUUUCACAUGCCAGAGUGGUUCCAAGGACAAGGAAUCCCACAAAUUGAACAAGCAGUUUAGGAAUUACAACUGACACAUAGGAUUACUGGAAGGCUAAGCCAGCUAGGCAACAUGUGAGAAUGUUUGUACAAUAUGUAUAGAUGCAUGAUUUUGUUCAAUGCGGAGUAACCAUGUUCAAGGGGAGGGUAAGGGAUAAAAAUGAAUUGUAAUUCAGCACAAUUAUAGACCUCUAUUUGUGAUGUGCUUCUUAAUUUAUCCUUGUAUAGCACUUCUUUCUGUUUCUGUCAUUGACAGUUCGAUGAUCUAACAAAUAGUUCCACGAACCUGAGGCAGUAAAGUUCUAGAUGGUCUUAUAAUGAUGUACAAGCAUAUACAUACAUAUUUGUGACAUGAGAAUUUUUUUUGCA